AUGGCUGCUCCGGCGAAGGCAUCGUGGAUGGUGGCCAUGAGCGUGGGCGCCGUGGAGGCCCUCAAGGACCAAGCCGGGCUCUGCCGCUGGAACUAUGCCCUCAAGUCCAUCCACCGGGCAGCCAAGGCCAACGUCUGCGGCGGCAUCUCGCAGGGCACCAAGCAGCUUCUGGCCUCCGCGUCGGCCGUGGCGGAGCGGCGGCGAGCGGAGAAGGCCGAGGAGGGGCUGAGGACCGUGAUGUACCUCAGCUGCUGGGGCCCAAAUUAG